CGACUCCCGGAUGUCUAUACCUCUACUCUCUCUCUCUCCAACUUCUCUCCUCCAGACCACCGAUUGACCUUCAAUAAAUACUUCCAAAAGCAGGCCCUUGCUCAUUAUUUCUUCCAAACCUACCUCCACAUACACAUACUCACAUCCAAUCCCCCAAAUCAACAACCAGAACGAACAACACCAACAAAAUGUCCGCCCCAAUCCUCACCACUACACCAACUCUCCACCUCACCCCAGAACCACUCACAAAAGAAGCCUUCGCCCCCUUCGGCACAGCAAUCUACGCCCCUCUGCCUCGCGACCUAACCUCCGCACCACCGCUCACCACCCUCCCACAGCACGAACCCACCCCCGUCCUCGCCAACCAAUCCUCCGCCCUAAAAUACAGCCCCAUCUCCCCCCUCGAAGACAACUACCGAGGCAACUGCCCAAGCAAGCAGCCCUCGACCGCCCGCAUGAGCAUGUUCAGCUGCUUCCCCCGCCAACUGCGCGCCUUGCCGGGAAAGCCCUCUAAAGCCUUCGACGUGCGAAUCCUCGAGCGCCACCCUUUCACCACCCAGACCUUCACCCCGAUCGAUCUCUCCUGCCAAUCGCCCGCCGAACCGUGGUUCCUGGUUAUCGUUGCCCCGACGCUGAAGGGCCAGACGGCGACGGCGAUGACGCCCGCUGGGCAGACGACGGUGCGGGAUCCACCGGAUUUGAGGAACUUGAGGGCGUUUGUUGCGCGCGGCGGGCAGGCUGUUACGUAUGGGGCUGGGACGUGGCAUGCGCCGAUGGUGGUGGUUGGGUCGAGACGGGUGGAUUUUGUGGUCGUGCAGUUUAUGAAUGGGAUGGAGGGGGAGGAUUGUCAGGAGGUGGCGUUUGGGGAGGGGAUUGUGGUUGAGAUUCAGGAUGGGGGGUUGGCGAAGUUGUAGUGGUGAUUUGCCAGGGGGGGAGGGAUUGGAUUAUGAGGUUAUGAUGCAUUAUAUGAAUGAAGUCAUUUGUUAGUGGGG